GUCUCUCAUCCCUCCAUCCCUCAUCCUUGUCUCCUCUCUUCUUUCUUCUCAUCACUCUCCUCCUCUCCAUCCUCCCACGCCGCCGACAGGCUCUAUUCACACUGGGCUUCCUCUCCAAGAUCGGCCUCGGCAAGCGCGAGGACGCGCCGCCCAAGCCCCCCACCACCAAGUCCUCCUCGUCCAAGGACAAGCGCCGUUCGCGCCCCCACACGCCUGCCUCGGGCUCGCAGACCCCCGCCCCCCGCUCAGACUUCCACGCCUCAGCACUCGCCGCCGCCUCCGCAGGGAUGAAGUACGAACGCCAGAUCGACGAGACGACCGACCUGUCCACCCUCACGGACCAGGAGAUCAUGCGUCUCAUGGAGGGCAUGGAUGCCAGUGUGAUGAACAAGCCUUUAAUCACCGGCCCCGUCCACCUCCUCGCCAUCAAGGGCGAGUACCUCAACGGCUCGGCCGAGGUGCUCCGCAAGCUCGAGUGGCUGCAAGACAACGGGUGGGACCAAGUGUGGCGUGCGCGCGGUGACGGCGACUGCUUUUACCGAUCCUUUACACUCGCAUACCUCCUGCGCAUUCUUUACGCGCCGUCGCGGACCGACGACGCCUCGCGCGCCCUCAAAGCCGUGCACGACACGAUGCCGAUGAUGGCGUCUGUCGGCUUCCAACAGGAUCUGGUGGACGAGUUCGUCGAGCCGCUGAUCAGCGUGAUCUCGACCUUUGUCUCCCAGCCGGCCGGGAGCGAGCCGACCGAGUUCUCGAUCCUCGAGGUCCUGCAAGACGCCGAGAAGAGCAACUCGAUCGUCGUCGCCCUGCGCCUCAUGACCGCCGCGUACAUCCGCACCCACCCCGACGACUUUGCGCCCUUCCUCUUCUCGCCGGCCACGCUCGAGCCCGUGACGCCCGAGCAGUUCUGCCGCGAAGAGGUCGAGCCGUGCGGCAAAGAAGCCGACCACGCGCAAAUCAUGGCGCUUGCCGCCGCACUCGCCGUCCCCAUCCGCGUCGCGUACCUCGACCGAUCCGAGGUCAGCAGCGACGUCAUCAACUGGGUCGAGUUUGGCGGCGCCGCCGCCGCCGACGAGAGCAGGCCCCUCACACUCCUCUACCGGCCCGGGCAUUUCGACGUCGUCACCAAGGAUCAGAUGGGCGAGGUCCUCGCGAGAGAUAGCGAUAAUGGCGCACACGCCGCCGGGCCCUCUGCAUCGCAGGCGGGUCCUUCUGGGUCGCAGGUGGGGUAUUCCGACUCGCAGGCCGGACCAUCUGGCUCGCCAACAGAACACGCCGCGGAGCCCUCCAGUUCAGCGCCCCUGCACACGGAAUCCAAAUCUCUUCAAGAGCAGAGCGCUGCUGCCAUCCUGCCGUCUGAGACCGCACCCAACCACGCUGAGGCCCCCGCAUCUGCCGAGGCCCCUCCUCCUGUCCCCCCGCCCCCUGCUGCAUUCCAGCCGAAUGCGCAAUGACCCUCCCCUCAGAUCUGAAAUGUCUUCCGCGUAGAGUUCCAGCGAGUUAGAGAUUGGACAAGUAAACGUAGAAGUGACGGAUGGCAAUAGUGUGUACAUGUCUAGAUGGUGACGCUGCGCAUAGCCAGCACCUCCAUGAACC